GGGCACCGCCCCGCGGGCAGCCCGCUCCCCCAGCGCGCCCCGGGACGCGCAGUCCCCCAGGCGUCGGGGCUCCGGACGGACGGGCGGGCGGGCGCCGCCGGGUGGAGAUGGGCUCCCGCCGGAGACCCCUGAGCCGCUCCUACUCGGGCAACGGGCGCUACUCGCUCUACAGCCCCAGCAGCGCCCCCGGCCCUGGGGCGGAGAGCGAGGAGGGCGAGGGCCCCGGCUGGAGCACCCGGCCCGACAGCCGCAGCUACCUGCUCAGCAUCCGGCCCGAGAACAGGAGCACCUUCUGCACAAUCAUUGCUCAGCUGACUGAGGAGAUCCAGCCGCAGUUUGAAACUACCCUCAAAUCUCGCGCUGUGUCUGAGGACUCUGAUGCCAAAUUCACAUGCAUAGUAACAGGAUACCCCCUGCCAGAAGUGACCUGGUAUAAGGAUGAUGAGGAGAUGGACCGAUACUGCGGCUUACCGAAGUAUGAGAUUUUCCAGCAUGGAAACUGCCACACCCUGCAGUUAUACAAAUGCAGGGAGGAUGAUGCAGCCAUUUACCAGGCCUCUGCUAGGAAUACCAAAGGCAUCGUGUCCUGUUCCGGUGUCCUGGAAGUGGGAACCAUGACGGAGUAUAAAAUACAUCAGAGGUGGUUUGCCAAACUCAAGCAAAAGGCGGAAGCCAAGUUGCAUGAAAUAGAGCAGAGCCGAAAACGGGGGAAAGAAAACAUGGAGGUGGAGAAGCUGAGGAGGAAAAGCCCUGAGAGAUUCCAGCGAAAGCGCCGGCUGACUGGGGAUCUGAACCUGCGUUCAGGUGCCUCCCUAUGGGAGAAGGAAGAUAUAACAAAGGUGCAUGUUGGGGAUCCUAAGUCAAGGUUAUGGGAAGAUGUUGCUGAGCCCAAGGAGCCGUCCUUAAAUGCAACCGCUGGAUAUUCAAACAACUUCCUAACAAGGCCUCUGGAUGCAGAGGUGACCACCAAUGGAGACUCCUCUAUGGAAAGCGGGGAGGAAAAUGGAAAUAGCUUUUUCACAUAUAUCUAUGAGACGGUGGAGGAAAUAACUACCAAGCCCACCACCAGAGAGUCCUUUGCUAAAAAGAAGAAAAAGAAAGGGGAAGAGCCUGCUGCCCUCUUGGCAGCAAAACAGGAAGUUUCAAGUCAAGAAAAUGGGCUGAGAGAGAGCCAAAAUCUCUCCCAAAGUCAAAGAAAUGCCCCUUCCGUCGCCCUGCCGGGGAGCAUGCAAUCAGUAGCUGCAAUGAGCCAGCUGGUGGGAGAUGUUCCAGAAGUCAAAGAACUUGGAACGCCCAGCAGUCAGGAGGAUGCUGAAACUGGCAAACCUCAGCCAUGCUCCCCGCCUUUCAGGGGUGACACUUACUUCUCCUUGACAGAGAUGUAUCUUGAGAGUGGAGCAAAACAUGUAAUGGAACAGAAGAUGCCACAAGCCCCAGAAGAAGCCGAGAAUGGGGCUCAGCUGCAGUCUCUGGCUGUGAGCAUUAACAGGCAAAGAGAUACUCCUCCACCAGCAUCUGAAGUGUUCCUGGUAGGGGCUGUAGCAGGAGAGGAGCAGAAAGGCCAAUCUGUGGAACAGGAACUGGAGGGGAAUGAGGCCAUAGAUACAAAAGUUACCAAAAAGGAAAGUGAACCGCCUGGGGAUUUGAAUAAGAAGAGAGUUGAGCCUCCUAGCAGGACCCUGGAGCCAAGCUCUGCAAUGCGGCACCCCCUCCUGAUGGGAAAUGCAUCAGGAACUUCUUGCAUGUCCUCGGGCAAAAACGUCCAAGAAACAGACUUGCUGGACUCUGUACAAGUGAACACCGAGCAGCCCCUUCGGCAUACUACCCCAUCUCUAAAUCAAGUGGCCCCGUGUCUGGAUUUGUCCCAGCUGAGACAGGAGGCAAGAGGAAGCUUGCUUCAGGGCUCUUUGGAAGAACAGGUGGUCUUCAAAGUGCCGUGUGAGACUCGGGAGGCAGCGAAGCUGGUGUUGUCCUCCACCAGCGACAUGAAACAUCCAGCCUUGGAGCCAAAGGAGGACAGUAAUCUUCAAACCAGACAAUUAAAGGAGCUCACAAGAGAGAAGCCCAUCUGCAUGGAGAGAGAGAUGGAGCAGUCUGAACAGCCAGCCAGACCCAGGCCGCGAGGAACAGGGAUGCUGAAAAUAAGCCAAGAGAGUUCCCAGAGGCCUCCUGCUGGUUCUCCUGGUCUCACACAGCCCAGCUGGGAGGAACAUCCCCCUUGGAAAGAGGAGGGAGCAGGGCAUUCCCUGAAUUUCCCAGGCAAAGAGACCCAGCAAAGACCAAUUCCAAAUAAGGAGAAUGAGGAGCUAGCUACAGCUGGGUCAGCAUUAAAGGAAGCAAGUCGUAUGCCUGGAGGCAAAGCCCCGCUUAAACCAGGUGCCCACUGGAGUGGAAUGGGGGAGGGUGAGAAGAUUGUUCAGCCAUUAACUGCAGAAACAGAGCCAGCUGGAAGCUGGUUAGGGGACAGCUUGUCCUGCACAGAGGUAGAGGAGAGCCCUGUGGAUCACUCCGAAGAGACCUCACAGCAAGCAGCCGGAGUGGUGGGUGGGAUGUCUUGGGUGCCUAAACAGGCAGCUCCGGUCUCCACCCAAGUGAGUAAGGAAGAGCUGUGUCCCGUUUCCAUCACAGAGAUCUCUGAGUCUAUGGAAGCACCAGGCUUAGCUUCCUCUUUUACAGUCAAAGAAGCCCCUGCUGAUGAGAACCAAUCGGCAGCCCAGCUGCCAGGUGGCGUGAAAAGAGAAAUGGAGACUAGGAAAACAAAUGAAUCUGCACCAACACUGGCUGCCACGCCUCACCACGAGCGGUGUCCAGUCAGCACCGCUGAGGAGGGCAGUGCCAAGCUGGCACCUGUGUCACUGGCUCCUAAGAGCGGGGAGGAAAGUGAGCAGAGAGCUGUGACUCCAGGCAAGGAGCCAGCAGCUGCAGCUGGGAGAAGCAGCAUGACCUCUACAGGUAGGUCUGAACUAAAAACGGAGGCGCCACUCACUCCGCGGGCUGAAGAGAAAACUCCGGGGGGGGAGGUAUCCCUGGAACACAAGGUACAGCAGAGAAACCUAGUGUCCUCCUUGAAGAAUUAUUUACUUCUGCUUUUAAAAAUGUCCUCGUCGGAACCGGAUAAAAGUAAGGGCCCCACAAAGAAGGACGCUGAGACUGAAGAGGAGGGGAGGCAGCCUGCUGGGGAGGAGAAAGCACUGCCGGAAGUGGGCAUUGCAGGGCUAAGCCCCAGCACAUCAAGGAAAAUCUUAGAAAGGGUGCAAAAUAACCAGCUCUUCCAAAGUGCAGAGAGCUUGCAUUUAAGCCCCAGAACAUCUAGAAGGCUCACGGGAAUGAUUAAUCAAGAAUUAGUUACCAGCAAAGAAGCUCUUGGUAUCAGUCCUUUAGCAUGUAGGACACUGCCAGCCAGGGAGGCAUAUGAAUCAGAAGGGUCCGCCCUGCUGUCUGUCCCUUCUAUUGUGGUGGGUAAUGUGCCCCUGGAUGGAACAGGCCAGGCAGACAAUGGGCUUUCUGAUCUGCAUCUCAAAAGCAGCAUGAAGGAGAACUCCAGUGACCUGGCUGCAGCAUUACCUUGCGCCACACCAGAGGAGCUUGCCUCCGGGGCUCGACGCAAGAUAUAUUUGCCUAAAAGUAAGCAGGUGGAGGAGGCAGAGGCUGCAGCCAUGGAGAGCCAAGUGCAUCUGAAGAGAGACAGCCCCACAGUGUCUCCCCGACAGUCCAGGAAGAACCCAGCUCUGUUACAAGCCCUUGUCCCAACUCUGUCUCCUCCUAUGGACCGACACUCCACAACCCUCCUCAGAAAGAUGGCAACACUCGAAGUUCCCAAGGCAUACGAGGAGCCCUCAGAGGAAAGCAGUCGGACCCCAGAAGGCCCUGAGGACACCAAGCAGGAAGGACAGGCAGGGGAGUCAAGGAAAACAAACAACCCAUUUAAAGCCCCCCAGCUGAUUCGUAAGAUCAGAGCAGAACAAUUUUCUGAUGCAUCAGGAAACCUGAAACUUUGGUGCCAGUUCUUCAAUAUAUUGAGUGACUCAAAGCUGAUGUGGUACAAGGAUGAGUUCCCUGUAGCGGAAGCCAGACGGAGCUCAGGUGAUGAGGGGCAGGCAGCCCUGGCCAUUGUGCAGGCUUCCCGGAAGGAUUGUGGCGUGUACCAGUGCACCAUCGAGAAUGAGUAUGGCACUGAUUCCACCGACUUCCUGCUCAGUGCAGAAGUGCUGUCAGGAUUUGUCUCCAGAGAAGAAAUUGAAGUCGGUGAGGAGAUCGAAAUGACCCCCAUGGUGUUCGCCAAAGGCCUGGCCGACUCAGGCUACUGGGGGGACAAGUUCUUUGGGCGUGUCGUGAGCGAGGACGUGGAGGUGGGCGCCGGCUUCCUGCACAAAGCCUGCCGUGCAAGGACAAUCUAUGGCCUGGAGCCCGUCUUCGAGUCCGGCCGGACCUGCAUCAUCAAAGUGCACAACCUCAUCGUCUUCGGGACCAAGAAUGAGAACACGCUCAUCGAGAAGAACUAUGACAUCACCAUUCAGGAGUGCAAAAUCCAGAACUCGAGCCGGGAGUACUGCAAGAUCUUUGCUGCUGAAGCACGGGCCAUCCCAGACUUCGGGGUGGUGCCAGAGAUCAUCCCUCUGUAUCUCAUUUACCGACCUGCCAACACUGUCCCAUACGCCACCAUCGAAGAGGACCUUGUGGGGCCCUUUGAGCAGUACUGCGUGAAGGAGCGGGACGGCAGCCUGGCUGUGCAGAGCAGCUCGGAGAUGGCGCAGAAGUGCUGUGCUUUCCAGCACUGGCUCUACCAGUGGACAAAUGGAAACAUCCUUGUGACCGACAUGGAAGGCGUUGGGUGGAAGAUCACAAAUGUGAGGAUAGCUACGAAGCUGAAAGGGUACCAGGGGCUGAAGGAGAGCUGCUUCCCGGCCCUGCUGGACCAGUUUGCUGCUGUCCACCAGUGUAACCGCUAUUGUGAGAUCCUGGGCCUGAAGAGUCUGGAGAGUCUGCAGCAGCCACCCAAGCCCAAGGGCUCCAAGAGCCCCUCCCUGGGCAGGAAGGCCCCCUCAGCCCAGUCCAGCCCUCAGUUACAGAAGAAAGGCCUGGCAAGCCCCCAGGGCACCCGGAAGGGCGGCGUGAGCCCCAAAGCCUCCCGGAAAUCCACUGAAGCUGGGGAGGCCCAGCUGGCCCCGAAACAUAAAGCGCUGGAUAGUGACAAGUCCAGCCAGCUGCAGUAGCCAGAGUCUCGGCGCAGCCAUGAAGGCAGCGUGCCACCGUGCACACCUGGAAAGGGGACCCAGCCGCCGCUCCUUCCUGUGGCUCCCAGCGCGCCCCCCCGCACUGCGCUCUGUGUGAUGUGUGAGUGAAGCAGUGACUAGGCUGGCACCAGUGCGGGGGGCCUUGGGUAGCCUAGUGGUCUGGAGCUGGCUCGGUGCACGGCGGGGCCUGCACAGCCACGGCAGGGAGCAUAGCAGCUCAUCUCUGUUACCUCUUUAAAGCAAUAGCUCAUCCAGGCCUGCCGAGCCUGCCAAGAAGCCCCAGCUGCCAGGGCCAUGCAGGUGCCACAGUGCCCUGUGCAGAGGGUAUUGGGGCAGUGCGCCAGCCUGACCACCAGGGGGCACUGGCUGUUGUCUGAUGGUGACCUUGGGGCUCGUUUUCCGAGUCCCUCCUUUAGACUGUGGUGGCUUUUCUCUGGCUCUGCUCCGACACCUGGCCCUGGUGUUCUCUGCUGACGGUAACUCAAACCAGCAACCCCUGGAGGAGAGCGAGCAGGCUGGUGCUCCCCUGCCAGCCUGCAGCUGUCUACAGUGCACUGACCCCGCUCGGGCAUGUGUGCCACAAAGGCGUGGUAGCUCUUUGGUCCCCCCGGCUCUCAGCAUAUCGUGGUGUUUUCCCUACACAUAUCCAGCAGAAAUCCCUGACCCCAGCUCCCUGACGGGCCAUACAGAGGCCCUACUAACCUCUGCUGUAGCUUCCCUGAGCCCGGCCAGUUGAGCACUUCUCUCUCUGGUCCUACCUCAGCCCCAGUACCUACUCACUAAUCUGUAGGGAGAGCAUGACUAGACAGCCUGCUUAGUCUCUCUUUGCCCUGUGGGGAUGGCCCUGUGUUUUCUUUGGUUCCCAGGGCCUGGAAAGUCUGGCAGCAUCCAGUCCUCACUACAGAACCAUGUGGCAGAUUUUUCGCUUUCCCUGGUGCAAAGCGAUGCAAAGCCAAUCUUCCAUGUGUGCGUCACGUAUUACUAAUGCAGCAUUGUCUGCCCAAGUAUGCAGACGGGGGGGGGGGCGGUGUUGCCUGGGGCCUCUCAGCUGGGAGCGUUAACUUUGGAAUCUACUGGGUGCAAUUAAAAUGUCACCGUUUAGUUCCCUGCCGCUUAUGGUAGUGGAAGUGCUUGGGGUGUCUGUGUUGUAAUGUGCCAAUCAUCAUGGUAGGUGGGUGCCAGUCUUGCCAGCACAGAGGGGCAGAUGGGGGGGGGGGGAACACUGAGUUAAAAUCUCCUGCUUCUCUGAAAAAAUAUUCCAAAUCUUCUCCAAGGGGAGAGGGAAAAGCCUAUCCCUGCCAGCAGAGCCAGUACACUCUGCAGCACCCUCACUGGCAAACCCAAAGCAGCUUCCCCUGCACCCCAUUCACAUGCAACACUGGGCACUUGGAUCACUGCAGAAUUGGGCUGGGAAGAAAUAACCUAGCCUUGCCCUGACCAGGCCAAGCCGCACCCUGUUGUCCUCAGGCCAGUAACACCCUCUCUGUGUGAGCUGCCAAAGUCACAGGCUGGGCCGCAGCCUUGGGUUCGUUUUGGCAUGGAGUCGGUGGGGUGCAUCGGAGCCAGCUCCUCUCUGUGGAGUAUAGGGAUCAGGGCUCUGCUCAACCAGGGCAGUAGGACAUCCCAGUGAGGCAGCCUGAGUGGGGUUAAGAUUUAAUAGUGGCCUUGCCCUGGUGAUGCUGCCGUAGCACAAACCGGAUUUAAAACUGCCCUAAGGCAGAGCUGAGGAUUCCCCAUUGUAUGCAAGUCCUGUCUGUGCCCCCCACCUUCCCCAUCUGCCAGCAUAAGGAUGGGGUCACUAAUCCCGGCCAGCAGAGAGACUUAGUGGGAGCUGGUUCAAGUUAGUGCAGCCUCAAGGGUGUUCUACCUCAUGCUGGGGAUGCCAGUUCAGCCCCCAGGCUCAGCGGUGGAAAGAUGGCACAUUCCCUGUCUCCCCUGUAUGCCAAGAGCUGUUGUGGUGCACCUGGGCAUCUAACCUAGGAAUUUAGCAUUCAUCUGGUCUUCUCGCUCACCCCUUUGGAUCCAGGGAAGGUCUGAACCCACCUUCCCAGCUGUGCUCUAUCGGCUCUGCCCUGCCUCUACACACCCUCCCGCUCCUGGGAUCAACAGGUAAGCCCUUCCUUUGCCUCCCAGAGACAGCCCCAGCCCUGCCUGCCUCUCACCCCCCAGACCUGUCAGCCCUGCCCCCACAGGCCUCCAUUCUUCUGGUUUGUCUUUAGGUCUC